AUGAUUUCUCCUGAAAAUAUAUAUCCAAAAAUAAACGAAAAAAAUGAGGAAAUAACUUGCGGUGAUGAUUCUAAAAAACAUGAAUCAUUAUUCAAUAUGCAAAACGAACAAUUUCCUUAUUUACCACUAGAUGUGUUAGAAUUAGAUUGCAAUCUGGGAUACGUGAUAAAUGCUAUCAACGUGAAUAACAAGGAUAAGGUGUUCAUGUACUUAAUAGAACAAACGAAUACUAUACAAGUAAAUAAAACCCGUUCGCUAAUUUAUUUUAUGGAUAAAAUGAAACAUGUUCCAUAUAUUCAACAACUUAUUGAUGUAAUCGAAGAUGAAAACUACUUGGCUAUUGUUUGGGAGGAUCCUGGUCAGCCAAUGUUUGAAUUGCUCCAGCAUACUGAGCAUAAUUUGAACCUUCGGGAAAUCUUUUGUCAGAUUUGUUUAGCUCUUGCAAAUCUUCAUGAUAAUAAUCUAGCUCACAUGUCCUUAAAUUGUGAUACCCUUUGGAUCAAAAAUAACAAUGUGAAACUUGUAGAUUUCGCAUCAUUAGGUCAUUUUACCACCGCAAAUAUUGUUCACAUUGUGCAAACAUUGAAUUCUAGUGCAUAUGAUAUAUUUACUUCUCCUGAAAUUAUUGAACGACAACCUUGCUGGGGUUGGAGACCCGAUGUUUGGGCUCUGGGUGUUGUUUUUUAUUACACGAUAGUAGGUCAAUUUCCUUGCGAUGGUGAUUAUGUAAAGUUUCAUCAAGAUAUCAAAAAUGGCACAUUUUUGUUUCCUGAGGAUAUGGAUCCAGACGCUUGUGAUUUGUUAUCACGUAUGUGGGAUCCAGAUCCAACUAAGAAAUUCGAUAUGUGGGAUGUUAGAAAACACCCGUUUUUG